AUGGCUCUACCUGCGUUCAAAUCUGUCAUAAAGGCCCUCGAAAAGGAAUGUGAUAUAGUCGCCGGCCGCAUCAAAUCUCAGCUACAAGAAAUGAAUUCUCCUGGGACGCCUUCGAAACACCGUACUCGCCCUUCUACCCCGCCACAGAAGUCUCCAUACAAGUCCGCCAUGAAAGCCAAAACACAGGAUGUCACGCCAGCAAAGGCCCUCACUAAAGCGUGCUGUGUGACUUACUUUCCCCAUUGCCUGGCCCUUCCACCCCGUGGUACUUGCAAAGCCAACCUUCUAGACCAGUUGAAGAGUCAGCCGCCGUGGCAGUCGAUGGACAGCCAUUGGAGCCCUCCUAGGCCUCCUGUAUGCAAAUUUGUCCCGAUCAGCGUUCCUGGAUCGGCAGCAGUGGUGCAGCCGAGACCCAAAACUUACCAAGAUCUGGGAACCAUAGUGCAUAGGACGCUGAUGAUGGGAUUGUAUCUGCAUCCGCUUGAGCAGUAUUGCCCUGUCGUUAUCCCUGAGUCGUGGUGCUGGUAUGUCCUCGGUGUUCUUAUCAAACCCGACAGCCACAUUGUUAUCCAAUCUCCCAUAGUGCCACAUGCCACGUACGAGCAAAGCUAGAGUGGCAGGACUGCCGUCAUGCAAAUGAUGUGUUUACUGAUCGCCCGCUAAAUGUGCCACUUAAGGAAUAGAUCUUGCUAAUACGAUUGCAAACAAGAUCCAUAUGAUCACGCUUGGCAAUGCCUUGCAGUGUCUUUGAU